UUGGCGUCUCUAACCCAAAAUCCCAAAUCUCUCUCUUUGGCUCUCUAAUCUCAACAAUGUCGCAGAUGGAUCCCGAUGCAGUGUCCAAGGCCUUCGUCGAGCAUUACUAUUCCACCUUCGAUUCUAACCGCGUCGGUCUCGCUGGUCUUUACCAGGAAGCUUCUAUGCUCACCUUCGAAGGUCAGAAGAUCCAAGGCGUUCAGAGCAUCGUCGCUAAGCUCACCUCUCUCCCUUUCCAGCAGUGCAAGCACCACAUCUCCACCGUCGAUUGUCAGCCUUCCGGUCCUGCCUCCGGUAUGCUCGUUUUCGUCUCCGGUAAUCUCCAGCUCGCCGGCGAGGAACACACCCUCAAGUUCAGCCAGAUGUUUCACUUGAUGCCGACGCCGCAAGGAAGCUUUUACGUGUUGAACGAUAUAUUCAGGUUGAACUACGCCUGAACAGGAAUCAGAUUGUUAGCAUACAUGAUUGUUGCACUCCCUAUACUAUUUGAGCAAUCCUUCUAUCAUUGUCACGUCUUGUCUUCUUUCUUCUUCUUCUUCUUUUUAAUCCUUAGAUGAUUUACAUUGAGAAGAGAGGAGAAACUGUCUCUCUUUUGUAUUUGCUUCGGAUGGUUUGUUCAUUUGUCAUUAGAAUCCAAUGACUUGAUAAAAGACACAAUUUGAUUGGUUUCCAUUGUCAUUUGGCUCUUUUUCUUUGUUGGAAUAUGCUUCUAAUUCGAAUAUAUCUUUGUUGUAUCCUUAA